GUCUCCAAACUUUUUAAACAAUGGGCCAGUUUAUUGUCCUUCUGACUGUAGGGGGGCAGAUUGUGGCCAGCUGGGCAUCAGUGAGAAUACAGAUGGCCUUAGGGUUUGUGGUCAGUAGAAGGAAGAGUAAUGCCCCAUCAUUGGUAUCAGUGGGAGGAAAUAAUGUCCCAUCAUUGGUAUCAGUGGGAGGAAUAGUGUCCCAUCAUUGGUAUCAGUGGGAGGAAUAGUGUCCCAUCAUUAAUAUCAGUGGGAGGAAUAGUGCCCCAUCAUUGGUAUCAGUGGGAGGAAUAGUGUUCCAUCAUUGGUAUCAGUGGAGGAAUAGUGUCCCAUAAUUGGUGUCAGUGGGAGGAAUAGUGUCCCAUCAUUGGUAUUAGUGGGAGGAAUAG